CUUCGUCGUUUCUCAGUCACUGUAUCGCGUCCUCUCGGCACGCUUCGACUAUACUCUGUUACUUAGUCUCUUUUUCCCUUUUACUUCUACCUGUCUUUGUCUUACUCUUUUUCUCUCUCUCUCCCUCUCUCUCUCUCUCUCUCUCUCUCUUUCUUUCGCGAUUUACGAGAAAACCAUGUGGAUGAGUUUAAAUCGAUAAAAGAAUCUUCUACAUCAUUUUUCUUUCUAUCUCGAUCGAAUGUCUUCGAAUCAAUAUUAUAGUUUUCCCAUUUGAGAUAACUAUGCGAAACGAGAGAUGAAAAGAUCAUCAAGAAUCUUUAUCACUCGGCCUAUCCCUUUUGGAAAUUCAACGAAAUCAUCGAUUGACAAGGAUCGAGGGUGAAGGACGUUCUAACGAAUGUAUUGACAAAGACGAAGAAAAAAAGCGAAAGGGGUGGUACACAAACAAACGAACGACUUGUGUCAGAAGGGCUAGCUGACAAGAUUAGAAAUAAAAGAUAGAAAAAUAUCCAAUAAUAUACGACGAUAUAUCAUGCAUGUCCGAAUGUUGAUCGGAUCGAUCGUCUUAACGCUUUCGAUUGUUUUCUCGGCAUCAAAUGCUUAUGAAGCCGAAGGAAGAAGCUGGAAUUAUGUUCCAAAUACACAAUACCAUAUACAGACUGAUGAAGGUCCGGAACGAUACUUUCGCUUUCAGACGUUGAACGGUCAGUUUCGAAAAGAAAAAAGAUUGGCCGAUGGCACGGUCAUUGGUACGGAGGCCUGGCUCGAUCCUCUUGGAUAUUUGCGUUAUAAGGAUUAUAUUGCUGACCAUCAAGGCUAUCGAAUUCUAAAGUCGAAGAUGACGUAUGUUGGAAAGGAUACCCCGAUUCAUGAAGCUCUAAUAAGAACCAAGGAUGCACCAGCACAAAGUGGAGUUUUAGUAAAGACUAGAAAGCCACCAAAUCCGUUCAGGAAACCGAACAGGAAUGUAGAUGUCAGUCCUUUGUCCAGGAACGAUAUUAGGACCGGUUAUUACACUCCAACGACUAUCAGGCCGAUUACGAUCUCGCCAUAUCUGUCACAGCCCAGCAACGAUUAUUAUCCGAACCGAGCAAAUUACGUACCACCGAUCGUUGGAUCGCAAAAUUCGAAUGAUUACUCGCGAGCUAAUAGUCCUUAUUACGGAAGGAAUUCGGUACAACCUAUUCAAGCUCUUCAAUCACCUGUUUCAAGUAGCGAUACGUUUUACAGAUUGUCGAGCCCGUCUCAAAUGUCUCAAAGUCAGCUGGCCGAUGAUAUUCUACCACAUAACGAAGUCCAUACUACUGCUAAUGGUUUCGAAUAUUAUCUUAGACGUCAAUAUCACGAGGAAGAACGUGAACCUAAUGGAGAAAGUAUUGGUUCUUUCGGUUAUAUCGAUCCUUUUGGUAUCAGAAGAGUCAUCUAUUACAAGACGGAUCCACAAACUAAUGGAUUUGUUCAUAAAAAAAAUAAUAGAUACGUUGGCUUUGCAGCAAAGCCAUACGAUCCAUCGCCACCUGAUCUCUCUCGAACGAAUAGAAUGUCUUCCUAAUUUUCUUCGUAUUUCGAAGAGCUGAUCGAAGAGUAGAUCUAAAAGAUCGUUGAAUAAUCUUAAUCACGUUGCUUUUAAGUUAUGCCUUAUACGUACGAUGUAUUGCAUCGAUAAAUUGCAACAUCGAACGUUUGAUGAGUCUGGACUCGAUGAUCCGGUUGUUAUUCCCUAUCGUGUAUGCUAGUCUCCCUUACGAAAGUAUGCGAUGCGAGUAAUUCUUAAUUUUUUUUUUCUUCAAGAAUUUCUUGUCUUUGCAAAUAUGAAAUAUCAUCCAAAUGGAAGUAACGAUAGUUGGCACGUCGUAAUUAAGUUCUCUAGAUUCUUAAUAAAUUAAUUUACUUAACUUAUAUCAAUGAUUAAUAAUAAUAUUAAUAAUAGCUUCGACAACGUUAACGCACUACCUCGUAAAAUACUAUUGACAAAAAAGUACUUUUUUUGUUCUCUCUCUUUCUUUCUCUCUUUAUUUUUUUCUCUUCUUAUUAUUCAUGAGACAAAGAGAGAAGCAUAUGCUUAAAGCUAAUAAUAAAGAUGCUUUGUUCCGUAA